GGAAGCGAUUUGUUGUGUACACUUGACAUUUGUUAUUACUAUUAGUAAUAGUAGCUCGAUAUAUUUGUAUGAUUAUAAAUAAUUGAAUCAUAGAGAUCCAACUUGGCUGAAUUGAAUGUGCAAGCACUGUUUGAUGUAUGAUACGAGACAUGAACAUGAAAUAACUAACAAAUGUUGAAGCAGUGCAUACGACCAGUGCCAGUGGAGUUCAUGCAAGAUCAGAGAAAUACCAGAUAAAAUGUAAAAGGCACAUUUGAGCAUCAGCCAAUACAAUGGGGAAGUUGAAAGCAUUCCAGAUAUUGUUUUAUAACACACAACCAGUACCAGUGUACUAUGCAGGACAGGUGCUUUCUGGACAAGUGAUAGUGGAACUCAAUGAACCCAUGUCUAUGAGAGGGCUCAGGUUGAUUCUUAAUGGUGCUGCUAAGGUGCAUUGGAUAGAGCACCGCAGCAGUGGGAGUGGAAAGCACAAACACACGCACAUCGUCCAUUAUAAUAACGACGAGCUCUACUUCAACCAUGAAAUUAUUCUGUUUACAAAAGAACCGGGAUCAUCAGAUAACCCAAUGAUGCCUGCUGGCAGGAAUGCCUUUGACUUUGCCAUUCGGUUGCCGCCUCAGAUACCCUCAACAUUCGAAGGCCUACAUGGUGGCGUACGCUAUUAUGCAAAAGCUUGCAUAAACCGGCCAUGGAAGUUUGACCACACCGUUAAAGAGAUGUUCACUGUAGUCAGUGUGCUUGACUUGAACGUCUUGCCACAAGCCGAGAGUCAUGUGUCUGGCCGCAAUGAGAAGUAUGUGUGCUGUUGGUGCUGUAAGCAGGGACCUCUUGCAUGUGAAGCAAGCAUCCCUCGGAUGGGCUAUGUACCAGGAGAAAACAUUCUUGUCUCGGCAGAAAUUGAAAACAACACAAACCGAAAGUGCAACGACUCUAAAGCAAAGCUUACAGUGAUUACCACAUUUUCUGCAAGGAGCAAAACGAGAUCUGUCUCUAAGGUCAUUGGCUUCAUCUCCAAAGGUGAGAUAAAACGUCGAGAGGGUGAGACAUGGACCAAUGAACCAUUGAGAGUGCCGCCUUUACCACCAUCCAAGCUCGUUGGCUGCAACAUUAUUGACAUCGAUUACUUUGUUGAUGUUGAGGUCAGCCCAGCAGGACCUGCAUUGGAUCUGGAUGUGAGGCUUCCAAUCAUUAUCGGUUCUAUACCACUGCGGAGUGUGUUCCAAGGAUGGCAGGCCCAAGAUCAGAUUCCGUUCUCCAAUGCUCUUCAGUCCCAAGAAAACCAUAGAUCAGGUGCGACUAUGCGCUGUCCAGGGAAAGGACCAUCUGAAUCAUGCCCAGCAGGGGGCGUUGUUCAGUGGCGUGGCACUUGUUUAAUCCCAUCGGCACCGGUCGUACCGCCAGCAUAUGACAUCUAUCCAGACUUAUUGCCACCGUCGUACAUGGAGUGCAUGGACAGUAAUGUGGACGCACGAGACUCCAAUGAUGACGCGUACACGAUGGGCGACCUAAAGUACACACCCUGUUACCCUUACUACAACAACCUGCAAUAGCAGUGGCCAAGCAAGUUGUAACGCACCCCUGACAAAAUUGUGUGAUCGAAGAAAUGCAUGUGUGCUUCCAUCUUACAGAAGCGUAUUACCUGACAGAUUACAAAUUCGUUUUUAUAUAAUAUGUUUAUGUAUGUUGUGCAGUCAUGACUUCACUUCUAACAAGUCAAACAGUAUCGUGGAGUUAUUGCUUGACUGUCUUGGUGUCGAUAGGCACUUGAUAAUAUCAGGAGUAAAUAAAAACCAAUGUUUGUUUUUAUUCACUCCGGAUUUAUAUAUAUAUUAUAAAUAGUCAUUUAUAUUAUAAUAUAUAUUGGGUAAUUUAUCUAGAAGUGUGCUAGCUCUUAUAUUGAUGUUAAUGUUACAUAAAUGUUAGUUUACUGUUUUAUCGUAUAUUGCAUAUACUAUUUAUUUAAUUUUAAAUAUAUUUUUGUAGCAAUUUACUUGUUUUGUAUUUUAUUUGAUUCUUUAUCCUAAACUAGCUCUAUGUAUCACUAUCAGUAACCAUAGUUUAGAUAGGUCAUUCUGGAUGAAUUGGGAUAUGUGGUCAUUUCACAAAAAAAGUUUAAUGAAUUUAAAACAGUUUUAGAUUCACACUUCCUCGCAUGCCUUUCAAACAUUCUUUAAGAAAUGACCUUUCAGACCCAGUCACCCAAAGAGAUUUUUCAGGAUCAGACCUGCAGAUGCAGAACAGAGCAAGUACAUACAAUGCAUUUUUUGUUAAAAAUAACGUUCUGACCUGGACGUUGGAGUUCAAUAAUUAAAGGUCAAAGGGUAAAAAGAGCACGUUUUUGUUGUUUGAAUGCCGCAGUAUCAUUUUUUUAUUCACUUGUUACACUCAUUAGUUUCAUUCAUUUAAUUCAUUUUUAAAGGUUCAUGAAACACUUUCCUCAUUUGGCUACCUAUUAAAACCUUUUUGCCACGUUUUGAUCCCCACAAGGAAGUGCUGUUUCUGUAUUAUCUGCAGAAUAACCUUUUGGCAAGUGGAAGGAUGAUCACAUUGGUUUAAGCAAUUUUCAGAGGUAAUAGUUUCACAACUGAUUAUGUAUACGCCAAACAUUUCGUACGAAGUGAAAAAUGAUCUCAAAAUGGAAAUACAAUCAGCAUAUUGGGUCUGUAAAACAGGAGAAAG